AUGGCCUACAACCCGUCCGACCAACCGCCCUAUUCUUCGAGCUUCGACUACCCCGACCCGCGGCUAUACCAGAAUCCAGCCUCAUACCCCCAACAGCCACGAUCGCGAGCUUCAUCGACUGCCCGCCCCGAUGGCCCUGUAUCCGACGCUGUGAAUAACGCAUUUCACAACUCGGACGCCGCAAGUCACGUCGAUCCCAGGGUCAUCGCGCAAAUCACAGAAGAGGUGCGGAGGCAGGUAAUAGAAAGCCUCAACUUCUCAGGCGGGCCAUACGACGGCAGAAACUAUCCCUCUUCAUUUGAGUCAGCGACUUUCGCCAAAUCGCCGCCGCAGAACCAACCGCAGCAGUCGUACGUACAUCGAUCGUCGACCAGCUCCACGACAGCAUCGUAUCCGCCGCGGGACGUCUAUACGCCUCCUUCACCACAUCGGUAUGACCACCCCGACCACUCCAGUCCGUCGCCUCCUCUUUCACAGGAGUCCGCGUCCUUUACAUCCUUUGUCUCGAGGGAAGAGGAAGAACGCAGGUACUCGACAACAGAACCUCCUCCGCCCGCAGCGAACACAAGCCGAUUGCGCCCUGCGGCGGUGCCACGGGCAGUAACCGAAGAAUGGAUGAGUCCUCCAGCAUCGGCGCUGGAGAAGGCAUACGGCAAGCUCUUCGAUGAGUACGACCAGCCGACUCCACGGCUGGGGCAGCUUCUUAGAGGACUCGCAAUCCACAUGAUUGAAGACUAUGAGCCCAAGAACAGUCUCGUCAUUACGCCGGCGAAGAUGCUAAAGUUCUACGAGGAAGUCAGACUAAAUGAUGAGAUAUAUCCGUGGAACAAGAUCUUCGCCUCACUGUCCAAUUCAACAAUAUCGAAAAUGUACCGAGACUUGAGGUGUCAGCACCACUUCGUGCAAGAUCAGUACAGCGAAAAUUCACACACCGAAGUUCCGCUUGUACCCGCAUUGACUCCAUUGGGCUUCCAGACUUGGAUGACAGUCAUGAUCCAAGCGCACCCAGAGACCGAAUAUAACCGCAUCGCCAAGGCUGUGCUGAACAUGCCAAUCAGCAACGCCGACGACAAACAGGAGCGCUUUCCCAAGGAGCUAUCAAGACGACUCUUCCCCACGCAGGAGAACAUGCAACAGAGACAGCGAUGUGCUGUAGCUCUCUCCGCAGACGGUAAAAUACCAGCUCUAAAGACGGCUUCAUUCCCGCCUCCGCCACCUACACAGCCGCCUCCUCAGCCCUCAGGAAGCUUCGAGCGCGAGCGUGCGCCAUACGGUGGCCAGGCGGACAGCAGCCGGAAUGAUUCAGUCUUCGAACCAGACGAUAUGGACGAUCGGUCACCCCCGACCAUUCCGAUCGAGCGAGAACGCAAACCCUAUGUCGCGAAAGAAGGCUGCGGCAAAAUCCACGAAGACGUCUCAAACAGCACCUCAAGUCUAAAACCGGACCCCACAUCGCGACACCACCGCUCCAAUUCCGCAAGCCAGGGCACCAGCGGCCGGGACAAUCAACCGCGGCCGGCUGAGUACCAACCCAGCGGUACCUCAUCGUCGCGGCAAUACCGGACGCCUAACGUGAACACCGGAAACUCCAGCCGCAGACCCCGCAGCCCCACCGGCGGCGGUGGCUUCGCCCGCUCCGAAGGCAGCAACAUCAGUGAUAUCCCAGCCUCGGAGUUCUCGUCCAACAUCUACAGCAGCGAGCGCGAGGAGGAUAACCGCAAAUUCGCCAAGGACGCCGAGAUGAAGCGGAAUGAGUGGGCAAGAAGGUAUGCGGAGGAGGAUGCGGCGCGCGGGCCGUACAUUGGACGGAGUCCGACGUAUGAGGAGGAUUAUUAUCGCUCGAGGGGCGGGAGUGUGGGGGGUGGGUAUGGGGCUUAUGGGGGGUACCCGCCGCCUCCGCCGAGGUAUUGA